AUGACGCAACCACAACUUGGUGGUGCCACUGUUUUCACAGAAGUUCGAACAACAGUUAUGCCUAGCAAGAUGCGAGAAGGUGAUAUGCGAACAAGGCAUGCAGCGUGCCCAGUGCUCACUGGCAUUAAAUGGGUGGCCAACAAAUGGAUUCAUGAAAAAGGCCAAGAGUUCCGCAGGCCCUGCGCGUUAAGGCCAUCGAUGGAGGAGCGAUUUGUCGGCGAUGUAGGCGGUCCGGAGCCAAGAUAUCAUUGGAAUAUUCGGGCCUAA